CUCUCAACCGAGUUCAACUACCUUCCCCCACUCUUUCCUAUCAAUCCCCACUAUGGAUCGUUCUUCUGUCUUCACUAUCGAUACUGGUCUUCCAAAAGAUGACAGUCAACCAGAUGAUCAGCCAGGUGAAGUCCAGCGUGCCUUCCGCUCCUUUAUACUGGAGUUCCGCUUGGACAACAAUUUCAUCUAUAGGUGAGUUUGGAUCAUCCGAACUUCACAUCUGAAGACGGUUUCUAAUGCGCUAGGUUUAGAGAUGUCCUACGAACGAAUGUACUCAUCAAGAAAUACAUGCUCGAUGUCGACAUGGCCCACUUGAUCUCCUUCAACGAAGAGCUUGCUCAUAGACUUGCUAAUGAACCCGCUGAGAUUAUUCCUAUUGUUUGUCUCCCAUUGCUCCUGUUUGCUCCCUUGUAUUUUGCUAAUUUUUCUCAAGUUUGAAAUUGCCAUAAAGGAGUGUGCCAAACGCAUGUUCUUUCCUGGUGCUGAUUCAUCUCGCGGGUUCCCAGAAUGCCAAUUGAUCCUCCAUUCAACUGCCAACAUGAUCUCUAUCCGUGAUCUCAAUGCCUCGUACAUCUCUAAGCUUGUCCGGAUACCGGGUAUAGUUAUCGGCGCUUCAACGUUAUCAUCGAAAGCUACCGUCCUAAGCAUAAUGUGCCGCGAUUGUAGUAACACUAAGAAAAUACCUGUGGGCGGGGGGUUCCAGGGGAUCUCUUUACCUCGAGUUUGCGAUAGGCAACAGGUACAAGGGGAGGAGGCUCAGAAGUGCAGCCUGGAUCCAUUUUUUGUUGUCCAUGAGGGGUCUACUUUCAUAGACCAACAGGUAUUAAAGCUCCAAGAGGCCCCGGAUAUGGUGCCCGUUGGUGAGCUCCCUCGCCACAUCCUUGUUAGCGCAGAUAGAUACCUCGCCAAUAAGGUAGUUCCUGGGUCCCGUUGCACUGUUAUGGGCGUUUUCUCAAUCUACCAAUCUAAAGGUGGGAAGGGUCCGGCGGCGGCGGUUGCUAUUCGAAAUCCGUAUAUUCGUGUUGUAGGCAUUCAAUCCGAUGUUGAUGCCAGCGCAGCUGGGAAUGCAUCGUUUACGGAAGAGGAGGAGCAAGAGUUUUUAGAGCUCUCUCGGAAUCCCAAUCUCUACGAGAUGUUCGCCAACUCGAUUGCCCCGUCGAUUUACGGUAACGCCGAUAUCAAGAAAGCUAUUGCAUGUUUACUUCUCGGUGGCUCCAAGAAGAUUCUUCCAGAUGGAAUGAAGCUCCGUGGUGACAUUAACGUCCUAUUACUGGGAGAUCCCGGUACAGCCAAAUCCCAAUUGCUCAAAUUUGUGGAAAAGGUGUCUCCUAUAGCAAUUUACACCUCUGGGAAGGGGUCUUCAGCAGCCGGUUUAACAGCUUCCGUUCAGCGCGAUAACAAUACCCGCGAAUUCUACCUGGAAGGAGGAGCUAUGGUCCUUGCGGACGGUGGUGCGGUCUGUAUCGAUGAGUUCGAUAAAAUGCGAGACGAGGAUCGAGUAGCUAUCCACGAGGCUAUGGAACAGCAAACCAUUUCUAUCGCCAAGGCAGGAAUCACUACAAUUCUCAAUGCUCGAACCUCGGUACUAGCUGCAGCAAAUCCGAUCUUCGGACGAUAUGAUGACAUGAAGAGCCCUGGCGAGAACAUCGAUUUCCAGACAACCAUUCUUUCCAGAUUCGACAUGAUAUUCAUUGUCAAAGACGAUCACAACCCCGAACGAGACGCCACCAUGGCAAAGCACAUCAUGGGCCUGCAUAUGAAUCAGCUUCCUCAAGGUGAAGAGGAAACGGGAGAUAUCAGCGUAGCCAAGAUGAAGCGUUAUAUCACCUACUGCAAGACUCGAUGCGCACCCCGACUUUCCCCAGAAGCAGCCGAGAAGUUAUCUUCUCACUUUGUAUCUAUUCGAAAGCGGGUCCACCAGGCAGAAGUGGACGCAAAUGAACGCUCCAGUAUUCCUAUCACGGUCAGGCAAUUGGAGGCUAUCAUUCGUAUCACCGAAUCGCUUGCAAAGCUUAGCUUGUCACCCAUUGCCACAGAAGACCAUGUUGAUGAGGCUAUCCGUCUAUUCUUGGCGUCUACAAUGGAUGCAGUCGGACAGGGCGCUGCAACCAGCAGUGAGUUGAUGGAGGAGAUUAACAAGGUUGAAGCAGAGCUGAGGAGACGUUUGCCGAUUGGCUGGAGCACAAGUCUCGCCACUCUCAAAAGGGAGCUAUGCGUUAAUAAGGGCUACUCGGAGGCGGCGCUGAGCAGAGCAUUGGUGAUCAUGAGUCGGAGGGAAACCAUACAGUUCAGGAGCGGUGGUGGGAGUGUCUUUAGAAGCGGUGCCUAGUUUUGGGUUUAUGAUUUGUGUUCGUUAUGGCGGGAGGAGUAAUACCUUGAUUGUUUAUGGGAUUGGGGAAGGCCGGAUUUGGAGACGAAUGAUGCGGGAUGAUGCAUACCCAUAUUUGUUCAUUACGGUCAAAAUUAAGUCCUUCUACAUUAUGGCGCAAUACGCUGUAUCCUUCCCAUCUGCCAUGAUUACAACUUGCCCCGCUCUCCCGGUAAAUGAAAUGAAGCACCCUCUAAUGCAUUCGCCAACAGUGCAAUAUGCCAAAGCCCUCAAAAAGAAAAAAGAAAAAGAAAAACAGCCAGCUCAAGCUCCUUCCGCGGCGGAGUUCACCAAGCUCAAGUAUGCCCCCCAGAGAAUUCCCCAACUGGAGGCGAACGGCAAUUGAAACCUCAAUGGAAUAAGCCUGAAGUUAACCAUCUGGACGGCUGGCCAGAGAAUAUAAUUCGAUCGC